AUGGCGAGCCGACAGAGGCAACUCUUCUUCUCCCUCUGUGGCUGCUUGGGAUUCUGCGGCGCGCUCACGGCCGUGGUGUCUGCCGCCCUGCCCUUCUGGCUCGGCGGGUCCGUGUUGUGUCGGACCGGGGCCGACCUCGUAAACGCCACCGGACCCGAGCUGGACAAGUUCCUGGGCCGGCUGAGCUACGGGCUGUUCCACGGAGAAAAGGUGAAGCAGUGCGGGCUGGGAGGAAGGCCGUCCCGUUUCUCCUGUAAGUAUGACACCGGCAGGGGAGUUGUUUACUGCAGGUUACGGUGAAGACAGGUGAGUUGUUUACUUUGUUAGAGAUGAACACAGGUGUGUUGUUUCCUGUAGCUAUUACAAGCUUGUACUGAUUUGUUGUUCACUGUAAGUUACAGUUUCACACAGGUGUUUUGUUCACUGUAAGUUACAGGUUAAUACAGGUGUUUCGUUCACUGUAAGUUACAGUUUCAUACAGGUGUUUUGUUCACUGUAAGUUACAGUUUCAUACAGGUGUUUUGUUCACUGUAAGUUACAGUUUCAUACAGGUGUUUUGUUCACUAUAAGUUACAGUUUCAUACAGGUGUUUUGUUCAAUCUAAGUUACAGGUUCAUACAGUUGUUUUGUUCACUGCUAGUUACAGGUGAAGACAUAAGUGCAUAAGUUUUAACUUUGUUACAGAUGUAAAUGGGUGUGUUGUUUACUGUGUUACAGGUUGAUACAGUUGUGUUGUUCACAGUGUUACAAGUGAAGACAGGUUUGUUGUGGACUGUGUUUCAGGUUUAUACAGGUGUGUUGCUUACUGCGUGCUACAGGUUGAGACAGCUGUGUUGGAUAUACUGUGUAACAGGUGAUGACAGGUGUUCUUCAGGUAAAGCCUCAAUGUCUCAUCAGUAAUUGAUAAGCUGUAUCUCUGAGGCUGUGAAUAAUUCAGAGCUGCAGUAAAUGGGCCGACAGGAGUUGCUCAUGAAUUAAAAUGUCAAUGAUUUAACUUUUUUUAAUCUACAUUAUGUGUGUUUGUAUGACAUUACAGACAUCUCAGCAGGUUAGAAUAGUUUUAUGGUGUAUUGUCAAUCGUAUGGUUAAUCUUUUACGGUUUGGUUUAAGUUUUUUUUUGGUUCUGUGACACAUCCUGCACUCUGGGUGAGCAGGAUUAAAGCUCACAAUUUAAACAGAGGGGCUCUGAGUGAUGUAGCUGAGGCCUGUGAAUGAUGUGGAACCAAUCAGAAAGCAGAGAGUUAAUGAGCCGUCCUUCACUAACAAGCUUCUGCCUCAGCAAUCAAAAAGACCUUACAGAGGCCGCAGGAGCAGGAACAAGGCUGCUUUGUCUGUGAACUGAACAGGUCUCUUUCUCCCUCUCCCUCUUUCUCUCUCUCUGUCUCUCACACACGCGCACACAUACACAUGCAUCACCUGCACACUAGCGAUAACCCAAGACAAAGCAAUUAAGCGGAAAGGAAAGAACCCUUGUGGGUAAACAUGUCAUUAAGCUUAAAAAUAUUUGAAAAAUCUGGAUAAGAAGUGGGGCCAGUUUAAGCCUAAACCAGCAGAGUGAGCAUUUAGAAAUAUAAGGAGGGCACAUUGGUGGGGGGCUUUCCCUUAUGUCUGACUCUGUACAUUGUCUGUUUUUUUCCUUUUUUUUUGCAUAAAUUUAAUGUGAACUAGCUUUUAUGUUUUGUCCUUUUUCCUUUUUUAAUUUUUUUUUCUCACUGUCACUCUUUUCUUUCUCUCUAUACUCUCUCUAUGAAUCUUUUUUUCUCUCUCACUCUUUUCUGUGUCUUUCUCUUUCAGUCUUCCCAGAUCUGCUGAGCGCCAUCCCAGUUGGCCUCCACAUCACUGUCAUCUUCUUCUGUGGUGUCGUCAUCCUCUUCUCCUCUGUGGCCACCGGCUUCUUCUUCUUUAAUGCCUUUGGACGGCCAUAUGAGACGCUGCAAGGCCCUAUAGGACUUUACCUGUGGACCUUAAUCUGCUGUGAGAAACUUCUCCUACUCACCUGUCUCUGCUAACACUGUAGUAUGCUAACUGUUAGCAUGUAGCUAACAGUAUGGUUAACAUAUUUUUAGCCUUUAGUGAAGUCUGGGGAAUGCUCAAAGGUCUAAAACACCUGUACAUGUGUGAAGAGGGUUGUCUUGAUUCAGACAAACUGCCCUAUAACACUGAAAUCAGAUCAGAUGUUCCAUGUGUGAGCAACUAUCUAGUGAUAAUAACAAUGUUGCAGUGUCAAAGUGACGUUUAGCAAAUGCCUCUGUACAAAGUGAUGUAUAUAUUGGACCACCACACCACUGUUUAACGGAGAUCUAACAUUAAAUAACAGGGGGGAAAAAUCUUACCUUCUCUUUGGUGGCUAAAACAGUCAGCAUCAGUUAUCCAGCUCCAACAGUUAAAUGAUCCACCGAUAUUAUUCCUGUUUACAUCCCGAUCCUCGCAGUCAGCAUAUUUCAUCCGUUUGCAUUCUGAUAGAAGCGGACAGGAGGAGCAUCUCUGGACUUUGUACUGAGACACAGGUCCAGACAGGCCGUGAAUAACUAACUACUAACUGUGAAGCGGGCCGUGUCCCGAAGACCAGGUGUAAACGACAAAUCCAGAAACAGUGCUAAAUUUUUUUUUUUUUUUCAUGCCAAUGGAUGAGACGCCGACCGCGGUGUUGUAAAUGGGAUUUAAACAGCAUUUAAACGGGAGUAAUAUUGUUGGAAAAUUAACCUGUUGGAGCUGGAUGACUGAUGCUGACUGUUUUGGACAUCAAAGUGAAGGUUAGAAAUUUUUCCCUCCGUUGCUUUAUGUCAGAUCUUCGUUAAACAGUGGUGCGGUGUAAUGAGCUGCUGUGAAAGCUGUAGCUUGGUGAACACGUGUGUCUGUGUUGAUGAGAGGGACUGAUUUGGUCAGACAGGUGUGUAAAUGAGGGAGACUCUGGUGAUGAAAUUUAUUACACUUCUGUUUACAUUUGAUCGCUGCUGCUGCGUGCAUGCGCGUCUGAGUCAGACAGGCUGGUGCAUUUUGGAUCACCUCUCGAGGUUUGACUGUAAAAGCACAGAAGCCUGUGAGAUUUGAAUCUAUAAUAAAUGUCCUUAGAUAAUAAUCUUAAAUUGUGACAUUUUUGCACUCAUUGAGAGGGGCACCACACACCUUUAAUAGCGGGAAAAUAAAGAAAAACAAAAGUUUAAUCCAGAAAUCAAACAUUUAGUUAAUCUUAAAUUAAUCAAUCUCAUAUCUCAAGCUAAAAUUCUCAUUUCAGAGACUCCACUUCCAGAAGAACACUAACAGACAAGAACAGAAAAAUAAAGGAUCUGUUUAUUACAGGAUAAAUAAUGAUACAACAUACAUGCAAUAAAUGAUGAUAAUAUGAUGACGAUAAAUAAUAAUGGAGUUGUAAAUAGUAAAGGAGUCAGAUCUGAUACUCACUGUUUUUAAUGUCAUUGAACACUUCGUUCACAAUAAAUGAUUUGAUACUAAACACAUAUAAAGAAAUGUAGAAUCACAUCAAACAUUCUCAUUAUGUUUUAAGUAUCACAUUGAACAUGCUACAUUACUCUGAAAUGAAACAGACAGUAACACAGAAACUGUGGACAACAAAAGAGUAAACACAUGUAAAUGAACUUCAGCAUGAUUAGUAAUGGAUUAUUAACUCACAUUCAGAUUAUUCAAUGACAUUAUAACCACCUAGUGGUUAAAAAUACUAAAUAAAUGAUUAAAAUAUAAACCAAACAUUUCUUUUUUUCUCUCCAAUAUUUUUAGCAUUUUAGUUUUAUUACAAUAACAGUCUAUAUGAAUACACACACUCAUACACCCAUACACAUUCUACCUACAUAAAUUCAGAAGUAAAUACAAUUACAAAAAAGAAUAAAAAAUAAAUAAAAUAAUUAACAUUGAUCCCACAUUUUCCAAGACGAUGUUUACUGUCCAGCUUAACAUAUGGUUCUCAAAGAGUAGCAAAAUCCUUCGGUUUUCCUUUAUUAAUAUAUGUCAGUCUCUCCAUACCAAGACAUUGUGAAAGUUCCUUAAUCCACAGCGUCAUAGAGGGCGCCUCUAAACUCAUCCAACAUAAUGCAAUGGCUUUCCUGGCAUGCAAAAGACCAAAGUCCAGUAACUUUGUCAACCUUUGUGUUUGUAUUAAGUCCAUUGGGUAAAUUCCAAGUACACAUAAUUUAAAGUGAAGGGCAUAGUCAUCAUAACAUUGUCUGACAAAUACUAAAUGACAUCUUUCCAGAAUUUCUGUAUCUUAGGACAUUCCCAUAAACAGCGAAGAGGCUUCCUUUUUCAUUAUGGCACUGUACAGUUAUGUACAUCCUCAUUAGCUAUUUACUGAAGUUAUUUCAGUCUUGUAUUUAUCCUUCUUAAACAGGCCACAUUCCCGUCAUUUUCAUCUAGGUUUCUCUCCUGGCAUUUAACCUGUCUAUUGCUGACUCCUUAGAAGUAGUUGUUUGUAAAUUAUAAAACAUAUAGAGCAGACCUUUCCCUUCCAGAUGUUUUAGCAAAAUCUUUACAAUUUUCGGUAGCAUUGGCAUAGGCAUAAAAUGCUUGGAUUUGGAUGAAAUAAUUUUUUAACUGCAAAUAUUUAAAGAAAUUUUUUGAGGGAAUUCAGUAUUUUUCACACAAUUGGUCAAAAGUGAGCAGCACUCCGUCCAUGUAAAGAUCUUUAACCCUUUGAAUGCCUUUUGCCUUCCAUGUUCUAAACCCUCCAUCUUUUGUACCAAAUGUAAAUUCUUUAUGACCCCAAAUGGGGGUAAACUGGGAGAGUGGUGGUGGGUCUCCUACAUGCGUGUGCGGUGUGCCACACUGACACUGUAUUUCUCAGAAAGGGAUUUUUUUUUUUGCACUUUUUUUCAGAGUUUUUAGGUCUGAAGAAUACAGAUAACUGUGCAAUGGCAAUUCUGUAGAAGAUUCUUGUUCAAUGCUCAUCCACUCUGGGGGUGAGAAUGUACAAAAGUAAUAUGUAGCUGACAUUAGUUGGGCAGCCAUGUGGUACCACCUAAGUUUGGGAAACUGGAGUCCUCCCCUCUUAUAAGGCAGGUGUUGGAAACCCUGCCUGUCUGCCCCUCCUGAGUGGAGCAGCAGCCACACCUGUGCUGGCUGGAGAGUCAGCACAGGUGUGAUAAUUGCUGCUCUAUUAGAGGGAGCAGAGCACUGAGCUCUGCUUCACUAACAGACUAUGGACAAUGAUGACCUGUUUGCUGCUGAAGUGUGUCAGAAUGUGAGUUUUGUUCAAUUUGAUAACCUUUUUUGCAUCUUUGUUGACUUCAGAUUAAUUUAACCUUCAAUGAAAUAAUGAAAUAUGUUAAACUUAAUGAAGAAUGUUUUAUUUGCCAUGUAUGCUAAUUUUUGUUCUUAUUUCCUGGUUUAUACUCCAGAAACACCACUUUGCAGCAUACCAUACCAACCUGUCAAAUAAACCCUUUAAACUGGAUCCUGCUGUCUCCUGCAAGCUCAUUUCUCACCUCAACUCAUGCUCAGUUUGAUCUCAGCCCUUAAGCUAAUCCAACAAAUGGUCCUUCGAUCCUGAUAUAUAACUGAAAGGAAAUGAGUGAGCAAAACCCAAUCCAAGCCCCUUCAGAAGGCUCUGAGGAGUGUGUGUCUGGUCUUCAUCCUCAAGCUGGAGCUUCCCUCAGAAACAAAGGAGCCAGACCAAAAACCACCAUGUCGGGGCCGUGGGAGAGCCCGGAUGAGACAAGCCCCUACCUAUUUAGAGGAUUAUGUGACAGACUGUAUGCACAAGCCUCCUCAAUUGCACAUGGGAGGAGAGGAACCGGAGAGGAAGAGUACAAGAGAUAGCUUCUCAACCAGCUCAUCUGGCCACAGCCAAGGCUCUUCUCAGUCACUAAAGGAGAGCCUGGACCCAGUGAAGCAGGCUAAACUGGAAGAAAGACUCAAGAGAAUGGAAUUGGAGGAGUUUCAUAAGCAACAAGCAGAGGAGGAACAAGCUGAGACUUAUUACAAGAUGACUAGGCCAGGGAGGCAAGCCGAUCACGAGAGGCUUUAACAAGACUGUCCAGGUCAAGAGCACUUCGGCAACUAGAGAGGGAAUAUGCAGAAGUAAAAAUGAUAUCAUCUCUGCUUCAAGAGGGGACAACUGAUGUUGAGGGUCAAGGAGAGAACAGAGAACCAGACCCUCCACCACAGGCCUUACCACUGCCACUUCAGCCACAAAGCAUCACCUCAGCGCCUCCUGUCCUACAAACCUCAUACCCCACAAUGCAACAAAUUCCCAGCGUGCACCGGUUGCCCUCAUCUUCUCCUCAGCCUACACACUUCCCUCCUCAGCAGCCAUCUCAGUCUACUCAUGGUGUAGCAUACUACCCACCUGAUGCAACUGGACCCCAGUCAGCCUCAUACCCAGCCCAGAGCCAAUCAUUCCUGCAGCUGACCAGCAAUCUAGCCUCUUCCUCCCAGCAGGCCAUAACUCAGUCACCAAACAUUAGCAGCUGAAGCCCAGUAUACUCCUCCACUGGAUCAACACCAUAAUCCACCUCAACAGCCUUGGUCUCAACCCAAUUUUAAUGAGCUUCUGGUUGCAGAUUCCUUUGGCAUACCCAAAUCUUGACUGCCAUACUUCGAGUCUGGGAAAGAGAGCGACUUCCUCCUGCUGAAAAUGGCCUUUAAAAAUCUUUUCAGCAAUCAGGUACAUCUCUCCGAGACAUAUAAAUAUCAGCUCCUCCUCGACCACCUCAAGCACCUGAGUGCAUAUAAGCUAGCCAGAGCUUACAUCUUUGACCAACAUCCAUACUCUUUGGCGAUGAGGGAUUUUGAAGCUAAGUAUAGACAGCCACGCCAGCUGAUUCAGAGCGAGAUCAGCAGCAUCCUCAAUGCCCCUGCAAUAAGGCCUGGGGACCACAAUGCCUUUGAGGAAUUUGCACUUUCAGUUCAUGCUCUCAUUGGCUUGUUGAGAUCACUGGAAGGAGAUAACAGAUCAGAAAUAAGGUAUGGAUCACAUGUGGACAGGCUGCUGAGCAAACUCCCUGCUAACUACCGAGACAGUUUUGUUGAAUACUGCCUGCAAAGGGGAAUUAUUCAGGAUGGAGUGGAGCAUGGCUACACCCUUCAAGACCUUUCAACCCGGCUGCAAAUAAAGGCCCAUGCAAAGCGUAUUGCAAACUGAGCAGCUGUUUUAAAUGCACCUGACAGAGCAGGGAAGGAGAUGGAGAGGAUGAGGAUUUUAGAGCCUCGAAAGAGCAAUCCCAAACAGGUAACCAUGUACCUCACCAAUGCUCAGGAGAAAAAUGUCCCCUCAGUGUCACAGCCCACCUCCAACCAAUCUCUGACUCAAAAGAAGCCCAAGUUCUUUCCAUUCUGCCCUUUCUGCAACAACAAAGAACACUUCCUCAACAGCUGUCCACAAUUUACCCAAUUAACAACCACCCAGAAAACACAGUGGAUAACUGACAACAAGCACUGCUGGAAAUGUUGCAGGACCCAUGCCCCUGAAGCCUGUACUCUCCAGAAACCCUGCACAGUCUGUAAAGAAGUACAUCUUACCAUUCUGCAUGACAUCAUUCCAGCAGUUAAGAGCAUCAACACUCCUGUCAGAUUUGUCAAAGAUGGCGCGCCUCUCCUGACAUACCCAAAAUGGCAGACUUACCACCUGCUCGACUCUGACUCCUUAAACCACCAUUCUGGUCAACUGGGAUUGAUUGCUUUGGAACACUCACUGUAAAAAUUGGCAGGCGGACAGAAAAACGUUGGGGCAUAAUCUUUAAAUGCAUGACAACCCGUUGUGUGCACUUGGAUAUCCUUGAGAAUUUGGACACUGAUGCCUUUCUCCUAGCCUUCUGUCGCUUCAUCUCAAGGAGAGGUCAGCCCCAUGAAGUCAUAACAGAUCGAGGGACUAACUUCAGGGAAGGUCACACAGAGCUGGAAAGAGCUUUCAACUCCAUGACAACAAGUCUACAAGACAAACUUAAGAACCAUCAGGUUGUCUUUCGCUUCAACCCUCCUUCUUCCCCUCACUUUGGUGGCAUCUGGGAGUGAGAGAUAAGGUCUGUGAAGGAUGCUCUGCGAGUUGUUCUUGGAAGCCAAUCAGUCCCUGAAGCAGUCCUGCAAACAGUCCUCAGAGGUGGAAGGCAUCAUGAACUCAAAGCCACUUGGAUACGUUUCAUCUGAUGCUGCAGACCCUGACCCCGUCGCUCCUAACAUGCUGCUGAUGGGGCGGCGUGAUGCCUCUUUCUCCCAGGUGAUAUACUGCAAAGAGGAUCUCAUCGGAAAGAGGCGUUGGCGCCAGAGUCAAAUACUGACAGAUAAUUUCUGGGCCAGUUUUAUCCGACACUACCUCCCAAAUCUGCAUGUACGCCCCAAAUGGCAUUCUGACACCUGCAAUCUGGAAUGUGGAAAAGUGGUAUUGAUUGUGGACCCUCAGCUUCCUCGUGCUCUCUGGCCCAUCGGAAGAGUGGUCCAAACGAACCCUGGACCAGAUGGUCGAGUAAGAACUGCGGAGGUCAAAGUAGAAACUCAGACUUACCUCAGGCCCGUUGCAAGGUUGAUUCCACUGCCAGAGCUCAAGGAGGAUGAUGAUGAUGAUGAUGAUGAAUAGUUACCCUGGCGAUGGGAUCAAAACUUUCAAACAGUUUUGGGGGCGGCAAUGUUGGAAACCCUGCCUCUCUGCCCCUCCUGAGUGGAGCAGCAGCCACACCUGUGCUGGCUGGAGAGUCAGCACAGGUGUGAUGAUUGCUGCUCUAUUAGAGGGAGCAGAGCGCUGAGCUCUGCUUCACUAACAGACUAUGGACAAUGAUGACCUGUUUGCUGCGGAAGUGCGUCAGAAUGUGAUUUUUGUUCAAUUUGAGAACCUUUUUUGCAUCUUUGUUGACUUCGGAUUAAUUUAACCUUAAAUGAAAUAAUGAAAUGUGUGAAACUUUAUGAAGAAUGUUUUAUUUGCCAUGAAUGCUAAUUUUUGUUAUUUCUUGUUUUAUACUCCAGAAACACCACUUUGCAGCAUACCAUACCAACCUGUCAAAUAAACCCUUUAAACUGGAUCCUGCUGUCUCCUGCAAGCUCAUUUCUCACCUCAUCUCAUGCUCAGUUUGAUCUCAGCCCUUAAACUAAUCCAACAGCAUGUAAAACUAUUUGAAAUGGAGUCUUGCUUUCCUGUUAAUUCAAAUGAAUUGGCUGAACAGUUUGUUUGGUUUAUUACAGAAUAAAGUUGGUUAUGGCAGCAGAAUAGUUUGGAAAUAGUCCAAAAAUUUUGGCAAAACUGUCAUUUUUAUAAUAUUAUUCUACCCAUCAUAGAUAUAGGUAAGUUUGACCAAUGAUUCAACUCUUCUCUAACCUGGUCCACAAGGGGAUAAUUUUAUUCAGGAGCUGUGUAGUGUUCUCUGUCAGGUAGGGUCUGAACCUCCUGAUGUUCUGAGAAAGAAUUAGCAGGACUGAGCAACUGAGGCCAUAUGAACCUUAAAGGUUAACUGUUCAUCAAUCAUGACACCCAGAUUCAGUAAGAUUUACUGGGCAAAAGUUUAUUGGAUCCAAGUCAGAAACUGAUCUGUGGUUACAAAUAUGUAUCGGCUGAAAUAACAAGCAACUCAGAUUAGACAGGAUGGACAGAUAGUAUAACCUGUGUUUCAGGUGUGUGCAUCUGUCUGGUGAUGCUAUUACCUGUGUUUAGGUGUGUGCAUCUAUCUGGUGAUCGCAUAACCUGUGUUUCAGGUGUGUGCAUCUCUCUGGUGAUGCUAUUACCUGUGUUUAGGUGUGUGCAUCUGUCUGGUGAUCAUAUAACCUGUGUUUCAGGUGUGUGCAGCUGUCUGGUGAUGGUCCUGUUUGCGGCAGAGGUGAAGCUCCAUCAUCUCUCUGAUCGUAUCUCAAACUUUAACGAGGUGAACUUCGUGUUUCAGGCGCACAGUGAGCAAUAUGACCGCUGCUUCUGGCUCUUCUUCCUCGUCUUCGUCCUUCAUGUUAUCAACCUACUGCUCAUCCAUCUAGCAGGUGUCCGCUUCCCCUUCCAGGACAGCAAGGAGGCAGAGCUAGGAGGGGGUGCCGUUGACCUGAUGUACUGA